AUGGGAGUGAUGCUUGCCUGCUCGACUGGGGUUUCCACAAAUUUCUUCGGCAUCUUUUGCGCAUUUGCCGCAGCUAUUGUGUUUGUCUCACAGAACAUCUUUUCGAAGAAGCUUUUCAACGAGGCAGAUCGUGCGGAAGCAGAAAUGCAAAACCCGGGGCGACGCAAGCUCGACAAACUCAAUCUCCUUUGCUAUUGCUCUGGGCUGGCUUUUUUUCUCACUCUGCCUAUAUGGUUUGUCACUGAGGGCUACCCGUUGGUCUCUGAUUUUAUCAACGAUGGUGUAAUCUCGCUCUCGGAGAAGAAAGGAUCGCUGGACCAUGGUGCACUUCUCAUCGAAUUCAUCUUCAACGGAGUUUCACAUUUUGCCCAGAACAUCUUGGCUUUUGUACUUUUGUCGAUGAUAUCUCCCGUGUCAUACUCAGUUGCGUCCCUGGUCAAACGCGUGUUUGUGAUUGUGGUGGCGAUCGUGUGGUUUGGGAGCUCGACCACGCCGAUACAAGCAAUUGGUAUUUGUCUCACUUUCGUGGGUCUCUACCUUUACGACCGCAACAGCCAUGACGAUGUGGCCGACCAAAGGGCAAACGCAGAUCAUUUCCGUGCCCAAAAGUCCAUCCUGCCGAUGAAUGUGCGACACUCGAGCAAGCCGUGGGACUCGAAUGGCUAUGCCUUCCCCGCAGGCAGGAACUAUGAUGCAUCCAGCCUGAACAAUCCACACGCGGCGGCAUACACCUCCAAGAAGGAAGAUGAUGUACCGGGGCGUGUACGACCCAGAGGAGCCAGUGUUUCUCGUACAUGGUUGCCAGGAACCAAACAAGAAUCUACUUGGCAGGUCAGUGAUUCCCAAGCAGCAGCUUAG